AUGAAAAGAAAAUAUUCAGGAUCUUUGGUCAUGUUUCCAUUCGACGCGAUUAACCAAAGGAAGGUGCUUUACACGCCUAGACGUGCCGAAAUCGACAAAGUUACAGUGCAUCCAUUAGAUCAGACGGUCCAGUUCGUGACUGAGGCUUAUCACAAACCAGAGCUAAUCGUCCUCAACGACACUUUCAAGGAUGAUCUACACUAUCUGAUCCAGUACGGUUCAAUCCAGAGUAUUAGUAUGAGUUUAGGUCCGUUGACCCACUGCUUUGUACUGAUGCUUUUGUAUGGCACAGGAGCGGUCUCUAUCCUGCAAGCGUACCUCAGUCUCCCACCUGAGGCUGCGCUCCGAAGUGCUCAGGAUGUUCCGGCCUCAGAUCGCAACUACGCCAACCUUGGAUUGCUCCCUGUCGAUCCUCAGAAACUUAUCGUCUCUGUUCAUGGUGGUCCAAAUGACAGAGAUUCUUAUGGAUUAUCGCUUGAGAAUGUAUUUCUAACGAACAGAGGUUAUGCGGUACUUCAGGUAACAUUAUCGUGA